UGUGUGUGUGUGAACUGAACUGAGUGAAAGAUUAUGUCAAAAUCGCCUCAAAAUCCAAUCAGCAAAACUCCUGAACUGAGUGAAAUAUUAUGUUUUUAGUUUUAAUGCAGAAACUUUUUAAUCGGUCUAUAAAUUGAAGUAGAAACAGCAUAUCUUUGUGUAUAUAGUCUUACCAUUAAUGGCUUCCAACACUAACCCCUCGUCGAUCUUCCUCUCUAUUCUCGUCCUAAUUUGUUCGAUUUCUUCGAGUGAAGAAGCAAUCCCCAACAAUAAUGGCAUAACCGUAGAUUUAAUCCAUCGCGAUUCCCCGUUUUCUAUAACCACUCCGAAACACAAUUCGUAAUAUGAACUCAUUUCGUCGCUCUAUCACACGAUCUAUUCACUUGGGACUUUCUACAAACACUGAACAAGUAUCAGCUGCAGAGGCUCCAAUCACCCCAGAUUCCUCCGGCGAGUUUCUGAUGAAAAUCCUCAUCGGAACCCCGGCGGUGGAAUUGGCGGCAGUGGUCGACACCGGCAGCGACCUAACAUGGGCUCAAUGCGCACCCUGCCAGAACUGCUACGACCAGAAACCACCGCUCUACGACUCCACUAAAUCCAAAACUUUCCAAAACGUUUCUUGCGAAUCCGAUCAGUGCAAAUUGAUUGGCCAAGGGUUUUUGGAGUGCGACAAAACGAAUCUCUGCCGGUACUAUGUCAGUUACGGAGAUGGCUCCACUUUCCUCGGAAACAUAGCUGUGGAAACCUUCACUAUCGGAGAAGCUUCCGGAACAUUUCCUGAGGUCGUGUUUGGCUGCGGAAAUUUUAAUUACGGGACUUUCGAGGAAUCCAUGUCCGGAAUUGUCGGACUAGGCGGCGGCUCAUCUUCAAUAUUGAGACAAUUGGGAACAUCAAUUGGAUCAAAAUUCUCGUAUUGCUUGACCUCUUUUGAUUCCAAUGUUUCGAGCAAGAUCAGCUUCGGUAGUAAUGCUGUAGUCAAGGGGGACAAAGUCAUGUCCACUCCAUUAAAGAAGGGAGCCAGCGAUACAUUCUACACAGUCACUUUAAAGGGUAUUAGCGUCGGAAAUACGAAGCCGGUGAAUUUGGAAACAUCAUAAUUGACUCCGGCAUGCC